AUGUCUGACGAUGAAGACUAUCACUACCAUCAGCACAAAUGGGAAGAGUUGAACGAUUGGGGCCAGCAGCAUCCGGAGGAGUGGGAGGAAAAUGAACUGCUCAACAACGAAGAGCUGUUGGCUGAGAUCGAAGCUGAGCGUGAAGGGAGAGAGAGAGUUCGAGAAGAGCAGGGCGAUGAUGCUGACGAGGGACACGAUGACCGCAUCCAGACGCUCGAGGACACAGCACAGGUCGUGAGAAAUCGGAUCGCGUAUUGCAAAGGCGAAUAUUCUUACGAUGAUGAUGAUGAUGAUGAGCAAGGCACUGAGGCCGAACGGCAAGAGGAAGAGGAGGGGGAUGAAUUAGAGGACAUGGAUAUCGUAUCUGACAGCGAUAGCGAUUGA